AUGUCUCCUCCAGCCUUGGUCAUCGUCGGUAGCGUCGUCGUCGCUGUAGGCGUGACAAUAGCGCUUCAUCAGUUUGUCUAUGAACCGCAUAUUGCGCCAAAACUGGAGGUGCUCGUUGCGGAUUGGACUCAAAGACGUCGAAUGAGACGACGUCAUCUUGCAGCACUAAGCCAGGACGACGACGACGAUGCACCUCUGCAGGGUCACGACCGCUCGGAUCCCACGCCGGUCGAGCUCGACACUCUUACAACGUCUGUUAGAGCCUCUGGUGUUGAAAAUACGAACUCUGAGCAUUUGGUCCAACGCCGACGGUCGCCAGGUGGUUCACACGAGUUGCUCAUGCUGGAAAGGCCAAAUGUAACGAUACCAUUCAAUCCACUUGUACCGCAUAGGCGACCAACUGUUGACCAGCACCCUGCAGAAUCGCGGUCUUCCACCCCUUCCACUUUCUCCUCGUCCGCACUUGAUACACGCUCCCCGUCAGCCGUACACGAAUCACUCACAGCAGUAGAGGGAGACCAUAGUCAUCCUUCAUCCCCUAGCGCGCUUGCAGAUUCUCUGCUAGCAGACGACAUUGCCUACUCAAUCUUGUCACCCGUACACUCCGUUACUCACAUUUCGCCACGUCCGCCGCUCGAGGCAAUUCCUUCCACGUCCUCUGAAGAGGAUGAGAGCAACGGUGGCGUACUGUUCAACGAAACACCGCUCCGUCGUCGUGAUACAGUCACCUACCCGACUCUGCACAUUCGUCCCCCGUCAGAUGCUGGUUCAAACCCUGAUUCACCGGAUCAAUCAAUCUACCAGAGCGCCUUGGCAGAAUCGCCUUAUACACCUCACUCCUUUGUUAGUGCCCGAAGCGAGCUGCCUGGUCCCGCAAAUAAUACCACAGUAGUCGAGGGAGGGCCUCAUUCGGGGCAAAGUACACCAAGAUCAACUCGGUCUUGGUCGGAUAUUGCCUCUGUUACGAGUGAGGACCCCCAAUUUGCCUUAGGAAGCGACGCCGAGAGCUGGGCUCACGUGAGCGACCGUGGGUGA